AUGGGAAAAAAGUCAAAAGGCUUUGAUGAUGACGGUUAUUACAAUAACAACAAUUCAGGACGAGGAAACAAGUCAUCAGCAUCUGCAAAAGGCGGUGGCGGAUUCAAUAAAAGAGGAGGUUAUCAUCGAGGAUAUAAAGCUGGCGGAUAUGGUGGAUAUUAUAAAGCAGCUACCAUGUUGGACUCUGAAUCGGGAUCUCUGGGCUUGAAUGAUGAGAGUGAUACAAGCUCUUUAUCGGCUAUUAAUUAUAGUAAAAAGAAAUUAUAUAGAGAGGAUGAUGAUGAGGAGGAGGAGGAAACAAAUGCCGAAAAUAAUUCGGAGGAAGAAAACCAAGAGGAACACAAUGAAGAAGAAGAAGAGCAAGACGAAGAACACAUUGAAGACGAGAACAAGGAAAAACCAAAGAGAGAGAAAAAAACAAAAAAACAAAUUCGUUUGGAACGAUUGGCAGAGAAAAAACUGAGAAAGCAGCAACAACAAGAAUCUUCGUCGUCAUCUUCUCACCAACAAGCAGCAUUAUCGGAACAGCCCAAGAAAAAACUGACCAAAUUUCCAAUUGACCUUGCCAUGUGGGAUUUCCAACAAUGUGACUCGAAAAGAUGCACAGGCAAAAAAUUAGAAAGAAUGAGAUUAUUGAGAAGUUUACCAGUUUCGUGUCAUUUCAGAGGAGUCGUGUUGACACCACAAGGAAAACAGUCAGUUUCAAAGGCUGAUAGAGACGUUGUACUCGAGCAUGGAGCAUGUGUGGUGGACUGUUCAUGGAAUCAGCUUGAUCAGGUACCAUUUCACAAGCUCAAAUCACCGAAUAAUCGAUUAUUACCAUAUCUAGUAGCUGCAAACCCUGUCAAUUACGGAAGACCACUUAAAUUGAGUUGUGCUGAGGCAUUAGCUGCUACCAUGUACAUUUGUGGAUUGAAAGAGGAGGCAAAGCAAUUACUUGGCAAAUUUAAAUGGGGUCACUCGUUCAUUGAAUUGAAUUAUGAUCUAUUGGAAGCUUAUUCAAAUUGCAAUAACAGCCUUGAAGUUGUCAAGGUGCAGCAAGACUAUUUAAAAAAGUUGGAAGAGGAAGCACAUUCUAGAGAAAAAGGAGAUGCUUCUGGAAAGGUGGUUUCUGCCGAUGAUUUAUAUGGAGAAUAUUUCACACAAAACCAAGAAGAAGAAGAGGAAGGAGUGGUGGAUGAUUUGGUCGAGGACUUGGAUGAUUCCUGCUCUGAUCAUGAAUGA